CUAAGCUUAUCAAAAUACGAAAAUUGAUAAAAAUUAUUAGGCUACUUCGUUUAAUUCAAAACCUCACCAACACAUGCUUCAUGAUUUCUAAUAUAAAUGUGUUUUUAAUUACUGAUUAUUUUCAAAAUACAUUUAACGUUGGCAAAUUUGUUCUCACAGAUGCGCAUAAAAUAUGAAAAAUAUUAAAUUAGGCGAUAUUCAAUAAUUUAAAAUGAAAAUAUCAUCAUGCAGCUUGGCUCUGCUAAUUUUUGUCAUUUUUUCAAUCAAAAACCAUAACGCUUAUCCAUUUUGGAAUUUGAACCAAACACAAUCAUCAAGCUCUACAUUGCGUUCCAUCCUGACGUAUGAUCCAAUCACCGAUACAACUACAAAAUCUACGCCGCAAAAUGAAAUUCCCAAGUACGAUUCUUUUAGUGAUGAAUUUACAACUUCAACGCCUGACAAUGAAACCACGACGUACAAUUCCUUUACCGACUUCGCCGAUAAAUCUACAACUUCGACACGAUUCAGGGAAAUCCUGAGAUAUUAUCCUUACACCGAUAAAUCUACAACUUCGAUACAAUUCAAGGAAAUCUUAAGAUACGAUCCCUUCAUCGAUAACUCAACAACAUCGACACCGACCCGAGAAAUCCUAAGAUAUAGGGCUUUUACCGAUGAAUCAACAACAUCAACUCCUUACAGAGAAACCUCGGCAUACGAUCCUUUCACAUAUAAAUCAACGAUUUCGACUCUUGUUGGCCAGCAAUCCCAACGAAAUCGUUACAAUUUCAAACAUCGGUUCCGAAAUCCAGUCAUUGCAAUUACUGUGCCAGUGAAGAUGAGUUCUCAUCGAGUAUUCAAGAGACCCAUCAAGUCGGCAAAACCCGUAACCGAUUUCAAAUCGGACGAUGCAUACAAAUCAUUGAAGGAAUACGCGUACAUCGACACGCCAUUAAACAGCACGCCGAUGGUUCAUUUGAAUAUAACCUUGCCAAAGAUGGUUUUGGAAGGAAAAGCUCAACGGCUAGCGAGUCCUUACAUAAUUCGAAUAACGUUGGCUAGAAAAAUGGCGCCUAGAAGCAACGUAACGCUUCCUAGUCGGGGUUUUCUCAGGAUAGUUGGUUCACCAGUGAAUAUGUUACAAGAUGGAAAUUUAGCUAUGGUUAUAGGUAAGAUUGCGAAUCAAAUCGGUAACGCUUACAAUAUGUCUGGCAAAGAUAUUCAAGGAAUGCGUCACGUAAUAGUCAUGGGACCAGGAGGGCAGAUGGUAAACAGACGUGCUACUCCACCGAAAACAACAACUGUACUGACUUCUCCCAUCGUGAUGACUGCACGAUUACGUAUCCGUCCCAAUUGUACUCUUCCAAAAAUAACAGAUCAAAUUAUUUAUUUCGAAGAUUAUACUAAGUACUUUGAAUUAUAUUGAACGCCGUUGGCUUUCGAAGAAAUGCCCCGCCAAAUAACGAGAGCUACUUUAAUUGGCGAAAUGACCGAAACCCAAUCUUCGAUUUUUUUUUCAGAAUACCUACGAUAGUAUUAAAAACAUUUUACAUAAUUAUAAAUGGAUUUGUAUAAUAAUAAAUGCAAAUCAUGCUGCCAAGUCAUUCGUUCCCAGAACUCAGAAAAGGGUAGCGUAGUUUUGAAUGAUUAUGAAAAAAAAAAAGGAUGUCCCAUAAUACAGAUAGGUACUUGGUGGUAAAUUGAACUUGAAAAAAAAUUUAAUUCAGCCUCAUUCUAAGCAGGUCUAAGUGUAUCAUGCAUGGCAAGCAGAAUGAUAUCAAAAACGAUUUUUUCAUUAAUUUUAAGUUUGAACUGUUCUUUCCUUACAAUACAUUUUUCACUACGCGAA